UUACUAAACCCACAAACUAAACUUCAAAGCUUCCAAAAAUUAGAGGAAAAAAAUAUUAUUUUAAUUUAUAGGUGAAACUUUUCUCUCGUAGCCUUUAACCGAUGGAAACUCUGCAUCCACUACUCUCACACGUGCCAACCUCUGACCACCGUUUUGUAGUUCAAGAGAUGAUGUGCUUGCAAAGCUCGAGCUGGACUAAAGAAGAGAACAAGAAGUUUGAGCGAGCUCUCGCUGUCUACGCUGAUGACACGCCUGACCGCUGGUUCAAAGUUGCUGCUAUGAUCCCUGGAAAAACCAUAUCAGAUGUCAUGAGACAAUACUCUAAACUCGAAGAAGACCUCUUCGAUAUCGAAGCAGGACUUGUCCCGAUCCCGGGUUACCGUUCAGCUACUCCCUGUGGAUUUGAUCAGGUUGUGAGUCCGCGUGACUUUGAUGCGUAUCGUAAACUACCUAAUGGAGCCAGAGGAUUUGAUCAAGACCGUAGAAAAGGAGUCCCAUGGACGGAGGAAGAACACAGGAGAUUCUUGUUAGGGCUUCUCAAGUACGGGAAAGGAGAUUGGAGAAACAUAUCAAGGAACUUUGUGGGAUCAAAAACACCAACUCAGGUUGCAAGCCAUGCCCAAAAGUACUACCAGAGACAGCUUUCCGGUGUGAAAGACAAACGCCGACCUAGCAUUCACGACAUCACCACCGUCAAUCUUCUCAACGCCAAUCUUAGCCGUCUAUCGUCUGAUCACGGUUGCUUAGUCUCACAACAGGCCGAGCCAAAACUAGGAUUCACCGACAGGGAUAAUGCAGAGGAGGGAGUGAAGUUUCUUGGUCAAAAUCUUUCCUCGGUCUUCUCUUCCUACGAUCCUGCCGUUAAGUUCGCAGGAGCAAAUCUUUACGGUGAAGGAGGUUACUGUAUCACAAGAUCCUAAAACGAGCACAUGAUGAAUUUUGAAAUUAUAAUUAUUGCAACGAAACCAGAAUUAUGUUUUAUGGUUAAACUUAAAAGGCUAUGUGAAUAUGUAUGUUUUGUGUUUAUGGAAUAAACAUAUGGUAGCUAG